AUGACCGAUAAACUCCCACCAAAUCUCCUUGCGCUUUUCGCGCCUCGACCCCCUUUGCGAUGGGUUCCUCCUUCAGACUUUGCCCCAGAGGAUCGCAAAACUGCCAAUAUCACUGGCCUUGCUGCCUUCCUCCCAGCUCUUCAGGAGUACAAGGAGACUGAUGUUUACGAGCCUACCGAGAGCUGGCUUCAGAGAAAAGACCGUGUCAAGCUGGAGAAGAAGGCCGCACACGAAAAAAUUAUUCAGGAAGCCCCAAAAUUAUUCAAACCAUCUGAGGAUCCAAAUAUUCGAGGAGAUGCUUUCAAAACACUUAUUGUCAGUCGAUUGGAUUAUGAUGCCACUGAAAAGGACUUGGAGCGCGAGUUUGGUCGAUUUGGACCAAUCGAGAGAAUUCGCAUAGUUGUUGAUACUCAUCAACAUGAGAAGCCUGGAAAGAAGAUCAAAAAGCAUCGCGGUUACGCAUUUGUAGUUUUCGAACGAGAGAAGGACAUGAGAGCUGGUUUAGAAAACUGUGACGGCAUCAGAAUAAAAGAUCGUCGAAUCAAGGUAGAUGUCGAAAGAGGCCGAACCGUAAAAGGUUGGUUACCACGUCGUCUCGGAGGUGGCCUUGGAGGUCGUGGAUAUACAAAGUCUGCUUCUUCACGACCAAUGGGUCCAGGUGGAUUCAAUGGUCCUCCUGGAGGCCCUGGCGGUUUCCGAGGUGGCUUCAGAGGUGGAUUUGAUGGAGGCAGAGGUCGUGGUGGAUUUAGAGGAGGGUUCGAUCGAGGUGGAUUUGGAGGAGGAGGAGGUGGUGGUGGUGGUGGUGGACGAGGAGGAAUUGGCUUUCAAGGCCGUGGAGGAUUCGGCGAUAGAGGUGAUCGUGGUGGGUAUGGAGGCGGAGGAUCCAAUGGCUAUGCUCCUCCUAACGCACCAGCUGGCCCAGGUGGUGGUGGCCGUGGAGGUUUCAAUGGAGGUGGUGGUUUUGGUGGAAGAGGUGGUGGGGGCUUUGGAGCAGGUUCACCAGAUCGAAAUGGUCCUGGAGGAUCAAGUGGUGGGUAUGACUCUCGUGGAGGCCGCUCAUAUGAUGACAGAUCCGGCGGAUACCGUGGCAACAGCAAUCGUGGCUAUGGUGAUCGCGAUGGAGGUCCUCCUCGUGGAGGUAGUGGCAGUAAUAUGGAGCCGGUAAGACCCCGAGAUGGUAGUGGAUACCGUGAUCGCGAUGGACCCAGAGAUGGAGGAUAUGGCGGACGACCACGCGAAGAAGAUUCACGAAAGAGACCUUAUGACAGUAAUGGUUAUGAGGAAGAUCCUCGUAAAUUGCGAAGAUAUUAG